UUCUUCCCAAAGAAAUCAGAGACGUACGCACCCAAUUAGGAGCACUAGACGAUCGAUCCUCCACCUUCUAUUGCAACAACACCAUAUAUAUCGUCACUACAAGUUCGAUCGAGAAGGUUUACAGUAAUAUUCCCGAUACGAUCUGUUUUCCGUCGAGAAAGUGGUAUAUGAGAUUAAUUUUUAGGUGUAAACACAAUCAUGACGAGGAAGCAGCUUGCAACCAUCCACAAGGCGCUGCUAGCGGCGUUCGUUUUGGCGGCGGCUGCAAUGGCGGAUAGAUACCUGGCGUCGGUAGAUAUUACCAACAAGCUGAGCAGGGGAAUCGUGCUCAUCGUGCAUUGCAAGUCCGGAGACGACGAUCUCGGGCCUCGUGCUCUCGAGGCCAAUUGGACGUUCGGCAUGACCUUCCACCAGAACUUCUUCGGAGGGACGCUGUUCUGGUGCGACCUGGCGGUCGAAGAUAAGCGUCUUUCGUUCACCGCGUUCGACGAGAGCGAUCACGAGACGUACAUCAAGGCGUUCGAGGUGUCGGAUGGCGGAGUCGAUGGGGUGGAUAGUUUUAGCGGGGAGAUGGUUCAUGUUUGUGGGUGGAGAGUUGUGACUCAUUUGAAUUUUUAGUGACGGAUGUGGGUGUUUUUUGUGACCAGAUAAAAGUUGGUCGCUAAAAUCUUCGUCGCGAUAUUUCGACCAAUGAGUACUGCUUCAUCCCACCUCUAUGCUCCUUGUGAUUUGUCGGUUCGCGUAUGUUUCUAUUGCCGUUUUAAGCAAACCGAUCGGCAGCCUCGAAAUACUUGCCAUUAAUGCACAAAACUCGGUUGGAUAUUUAAGGCAAGAUCCAGUCAAUAACCUAAUUUUACAUAUCUAUCAAUAAUCAUCUUAGUAAUGUUCUUAAUUUAAUGGAUAAUAUUAUUUUUUUAAAAAUCAUAAUUGUUUUUGUGUAGAAAAUUUGGAUUAAUUGUGCUCUCUAAAAUAUUAUCUUUCGUAUACUUUGGAAUAAAAAAUUUGAGAAAUAUAUUACCAUUUAUACCAUGGCGGUAAUGCUCGAUAGUAAAUGAGAUUAAAUCAU